AUGAAAACGCGCUGUUUUCGAGGUUUCGGAUGUUUCCGAUCUUCCGAAGAUGUAACUACUGGUAUUCGUAAGAAAUUGGUAAUUGUUGGCGAUGGUGCAUGCGGAAAGACAUGCUUACUAAUUGUGUUCAGCAAAGAUCAAUUUCCAGAAGUUUAUGUACCAACAGUGUUUGAAAAUUAUGUCGCUGACAUUGAAAUCGAUAAUAAACAAAUUGAAUUAGCCUUAUGGGAUACAGCUGGUCAAGAGGAUUAUGAUCGUCUCCGUCCCUUAUCCUAUCCAGAUACAGAUGUAAUUUUGAUGUGCUAUUCAAUUGACAGUCCUGAUAGUUUGGCCAAUAUCAAAGACAAAUGGAUACCUGAAGUUAAACAUUUUUGUCCAAAUGUUCCAAUUGUACUAGUUGGUAAUAAAAGUGAUCUAAGAUGCGAACUUACACGAACAGGUCAAAAUCUAGUUAAAUAUGAAGAAGCUAAUCUGUUGCUAAUUAUAUAG